AUGGAUUUUUUCUUCAACUCACUGAAUGAGGAGACGACUGAUUGCUCCUUGACUGAGCAGGAUAUUCAGAAAUGUCCAUUCUUGAGGAACAUUGAGAGACCAACCAAAUUUUCAUUUGCAUCUCUGAAUUUUACUGAUCCUUUGAAGGGAGCCAAAGGUCCAAUAUUUGAAGAUGGACCCAACUUUGAUUUGGCAUUUAAGCUUUUCCAUGGGAAAGAUGGGGUCGUUCCACUCUCAGGAAAAUCUCGAGUUUGUGCUGACAAUUUGGACGCUGAGGCUGCACCUCAAUUUAACCCUUUAGCAGCAAAUGCUGCCUCCAUUAGUAUGUCAGCAUUUGGACCAGGAGGGCCCUUCAGUUUUCAUUCUUUCUUCGGUAAGAUGCAGAAAAAGACAUCUGACUCGUCCAGAAAGAAGGAGAAUCCAGCUAAGGAUAAUUCAAAAAAACACGAGGCAAUGGGAAACGACUGGUUGGAAACGGGGAACUGUCCUAUUGCCAAGUCCUACAGAGCUGUAAGCCGUGUGCUUCCACUUGUGGCAACAUCUCUUCAACCGCCACCUGGAAUGAAGCUGAAAUGCCCACCUGCUAUAGUUGCAGCCAGGGCUGCCCUUGCCCGGACCGCCUUUGUCAAGAGCCUGCGUCCACAGCCAUUACCUGCAAAGAUGCUUGUGAUUGGUGUCUUGGGUUUGGCCGCUAAUAUUCCAUUGGGUAUUUGGAGAGAGCAUACAGAAAAAUUCUCACCAUCGUGGUUUGUUGCGGUACAUGCUGCCGUCCCCUUCAUAGCCAUGCUCAGGAAGUCGGUCCUAAUGCCCAAAACGGCAAUGGCUUUAACCAUUGCAGCUUCUAUAGUAGGACAGAUUAUUGGGUCAAGGGCUGAGAGGCUCCGACUGAAAACCAAGGCCGAGAGGACAAAGCUCGUGGCACAGGGAGCUCCUAGUGCUGUUGGUCAUCAUGGAAAGCGAGGAAUUGUGUGGGAUCCACUUCCCAAAAAGGCGGCUAAGACGGCAUCUACACCUACUAUCGUGUGUUUCUGA